CGGACAAACCAGCCACAUUUUCACACAACUACUGACUCAAGUAGUUAGUUAACAGGCCAGUGUGCUGAGCCAUAAUCUUAUUUUUCCUCACUGCAUCGAGGAGAGUGUCGUGGCUUGUUUCUGGGUGUUUGAACUUCCCUCACAUUCUCCUCUUUUCACGAAGGGAGGCGGCGGCGGAACGCUCGGCAGCCAUCUUUGGACCUGCCUGGGAGUGGGACUCGACUACUCUGGCACCCCACUUACUUCAAGGGUGGGGAUUUUAACCUAUUAUAACACACAAAUCUGUAUGUUACAAUCGACUGACAUCGUCUAUAACCGGAAGAAUUUGGCGAGGUAAUUGACCGUGUCGGGAAUGAAAAGGGGAAGAGUUCUUUUAUAAUCCCAAAGUGUUGUGAAUUACACGACAGUCUCUGCACCGCUGAAACCUGGCCUGUCACAAGAGGCUCUGAACACAUAUGAGACCACUGUCCUGCAGAUGAGCCAUUGGAGGGGGCUUUUAAGUCGCUGUCGCAGACCCAGAUAGUUCCUGGCGGCAGCGGCAUUGCCCCCCAUUAUGCCCAACAGCAGUCGGGCGGGGAGCCUGAAGGACCCCGAUAUCGCUGAGCUCUUCUUCAAGGAGGACCCAGAAAAGCUCUACUCAGAUCUGCGUGAGAUUGGACAUGGCAGCUUUGGUGCUGUAUAUUUUGCACGGGAUGUGCGGACAAAUGAGGUGGUGGCCAUCAAGAAGAUGUCCUACAGUGGAAAGCAGUCCACUGAGAAAUGGCAAGACAUAAUCAAGGAGGUGAAAUUCCUGCAGAGAAUACAACACCCAAACAGCAUAGAGUACAAAGGAUGCUAUCUACGAGAGCACACCGCCUGGCUGGUGAUGGAGUAUUGUCUCGGCUCUGCUUCAGAUUUAUUAGAAGUUCACAAGAAACCUCUACAAGAAGUUGAAAUAGCUGCAAUUACCCAUGGUGCUCUUCAAGGGUUGGCUUAUCUUCACUCCCACAACAUGAUUCACCGAGACAUCAAGGCAGGAAACAUCUUGCUGACAGAGCCAGGGCAGGUAAAACUGGCAGAUUUUGGUUCUGCCUCCAUUGCCUGUCCUGCCAACUCCUUUGUCGGGACACCAUAUUGGAUGGCCCCAGAAGUAAUCUUAGCUAUGGAUGAGGGUCAGUAUGAUGGAAAGGUGGACAUUUGGUCUUUGGGAAUCACCUGCGUUGAAUUAGCUGAGAGGAAGCCUCCACUAUUCAAUAUGAAUGCAAUGAGUGCCUUAUACCACAUAGCACAGAAUGAGAGCCCAAUGUUGCAGUCUAGUGAAUGGACGGAUUAUUUCAGAAACUUUGUAGAUUCUUGCCUUCAGAAAAUUCCCCAAGACAGGCCGAACUCUGAGGAGCUCUUAAAGCAUGCAUUUGUCCAACGUGAGCGACCAGAAUCAGUUCUCAUGGACCUGAUAAAUCGGACUAAGGAUGCAGUGCGGGAGCUGGACAAUUUGCAGUAUCGCAAAAUGAAGAAGAUCUUGUUUCAGGAAGCCCACAACGGCCCGACAACUGAGGCACAAGAUGAAGAAGAGGAGCCAGAGCACAGUGUGGGUAGAACGGGUACAGUGAACAGCGUGGGAAGCAACCAAUCCAUUCCCAGUAUGUCAAUCAGUGCAAGUUCCCAGAGCAGUUCUGUUAACAGUCUAACAGAUGCUGGGGAUGAUAAGAGUGAGGUGGACAUGGAGGGAGACCACACUGUAAUGUCCAACAGCUCUGUCAUCCACCUCAAACCAGAGGAACAGACAUACAAUGAAGAGUCAGAACCUCACACCCGGCCAACUGAGGCACAGUCCCUGCCUGCACACACUCCACGGCCAAGACGAAACCGCGAACACUUCGCCACUAUACGCACAGCCUCAGUGCUCACCCGCCAGAUUAAGGAGCACGAGCAGGAUUCUGAGUUAAGGGAGCAGAUAUUAGGGUACAAGCGCAUGCGGCGGCAGCACCAGAAACAGCUGAUGGCUCUGGAAAACAAGCUGAAAUCUGAAAUGGAUGAGCACAGACUCCGUCUGGACAAGGAACUGGAGAAUCAGCGGAAUAGCUUUGCCCAGGAGAUGGAGAAACUGAUAAAGAAGCACCAGGCAUCUAUGGAGAAAGAUGCAAAAACUUUCACCAACGAUGAGAAGAAGUUCCAGCAGCAUAUCCAGAGCCAACAGAAGAAGGAGCUCAACAGCUUCCUAGAAUCCCAGAAACGGGAGUACAAACUUCGCAAGGAACAACUCAAAGAGGAGUUGAAUGAAAACCAGUCAACACCCAAGAAGGAAAAGCAGGAGUGGUUGUCCAAGCAGAAGGAGAACUUCCAACACUUCCAAGCGGAGGAGGAGGCCAACUUGCAGCGCAGACAGAGGCAGUACUUGGAGCUGGAGUGCCGCAGGUUCAAACGGAGGAUCUUGAUUGCUCGCCACAAUAUUGAACAGGACUUAGUUCGUGAGGAGCUUAACAAGCGUCAAACCCAGAAGGACUUGGAACAUGCCAUGCUUCUGCGGCACCAUGAGUCCAUGCAAGAGCUGGAGUUCCGCCAGCUCAACACCAUACAAAAGACGAGAGCUGAGCUGAUCCGCCUGCAGCACCAGACGGAACUCACCAACCAGCAGGAGUACAACAAGAGGAGGGAGAGGGAACUUAGACGUAAACAUGUUAUGGAGGUCCGCCAGCAACCCAAGAGCCUCAAGUCCAAAGAGCUACAGAUCAAGAAGCAGUUCCAGGACACCUGUAAGAUCCAGACCAGGCAGUACAAGGCACUGAGGAAUCAUCUGCUGGAGACAACACCAAAGUCAGAGCACAAGACUGUGCUGAAGCGUCUGAAGCAGGAGCAACACCGCAAACUUGCCAUCUUGGCAGAGCAGUAUGACCACUCCAUCAAUGAGAUGCUUUCCACUCAGGCGCUACGUCUGGAUGAGACUCAGGAGGCUCAGUGCCAAGCCUUACGAAUGCAGCUCCAGCAGGAGCUGGAGCUUCUCAACGCCUAUCAGAGCAAAAUCAAGAUGCAGACAGAUGCUCAGCACGACCGUGAGAGGAAGGACCUGGAGCAGAGGGUGUCGCUCCGAAGGGCCCUGCUGGAACAGAAGAUCGAGGAGGAGAUGGUUUCCUUGCAGAAUGAACGCCUGGAGCGAAUCCGGAGCCUGCUGGAACGCCAAGCCCGAGAAGUUGAGGCCUUUGACUCAGAGAGUAUGCGCCUGGGCUUCAGCAACAUGGUGCUAUCAAACAUCUCCCCAGAGGCCCUCAGCCAUAGCUUUCCUGGGGCUUCAGGAAGUUGGAGUCACCAUCAGCAACAGCACCCGUCUGGGAGCUCUCCAGGGUCCCACUGGGGCAGUGGCAGUUUGGGCCCAUCAUCAAGCCACCAAGGCAGCCAUCACCACUAUCACUCCAGUCCGGGAGGGCCACCUAUGCAGCAAGGGUGGGGGCAAGGCAUGCAGGGAGGUCCCCAGCCAUGGGGCCACCCAUCAGCAUCCCUGGUCUCUCGCAGCAGAGGAGGUGCACAGAACAGCCCCCAAGCAAUGGGGAGGACACCCUCAGGAGGGCACAGUGAGCAGGGCAUGAGCAGGAGUACCAGUGUCACCUCUCAAAUAUCUAACGGGUCACACCUUUCCUUCACAUAAGUCCCCUGUCAGCCCCCGGAGUCCCAGUCUGAGUACGGAGAUGUAGAAUCCAACAAACACAACAGGACAGAGUAUAGGCUGAGCUCUGCAGCUCUCUCUCUCUCUCUGCUACCCCCCCUCCCCAAUUCUUCCCGUGUACAGAUGUGGAUGUGCGAUGAAAUAAAUGUUGCUCAGGUCAAAAGGGCUGGAAGAGGCACAGCCCCUCCUCACAGCAGUUUAUCGGCACACAUUCAGAUGUUUAAGUUUGUGUUACAUUAGCAGUUUGAGUGUCAACACAUAAUACUCCCAUUUUUUUUAAUUGCAGCUCUCUCCUACAGAAUUUUUUUUAAGUACAUGUUUUGUGCUAUUCACAGCCAUUGCUCUCAUUUUGCACAUGAAACACUGUUGAAAACCUUUGACGCGUGUUAACUAUGUCCUCAGAAAUGUGGUGUCAAACAAUCACAGUAAACUAAUUUUGUCUAGAUCGCCCCUUCCUCCCCUCACCUGGUUCAUUUUCAGUUAUACACUGGCCGAUUCUCUGACAGUGGUUAAAGACACAGCAGUCUUGACUAAAGACGCUUUGCUGUUGUGAUACCAGCCUGCUGUAAUGGUCAUUGUGAUAAAUUAGACGCCUCCUUUUUAUUCAGUAGUUUUAUUUCACUUAGUUUCCCGAUCAUCAGCCAAAAUGAGACUUUAUAAAUUCAGAGCCAAAUAAACUAAUCUUAACUGUUUCCAGCGAAUGCUACGACACUACUACUGUGCCUUUUUAACCUUUUGGUUAUAGAAUUCAGUCUUGGAUGUUUAUAGUUUGAUAUUUUAGACUCAACUAGCAGAUUGAGACCAGUGCCAGUGUUUAGUUCAGUCUAUUUUAACAAUAUUACACACCUGCAUUCUUAGCUCCAGAGGUCCCAAAUACUUCUCUCAGAUGUAUUAUUAUAUUCACUGUGUAUGCAGUAAUGUUGGCUGGAGAAAUAGAAGAAUUGUGAGAAAUAGAAAGCAACUUGUGCAUAUCAGUAACUGUAUUUUUAGUUCUUUUAGAGUUGUGGUACUCUCGGGGUGAACUUGGAAACCCCUGCAUUAAGGAGAAUUUUAGUUUGCAUGUUGACACAAGGAGUUAUGAGGAAAAAAGGAGACUCAUUUGCCUUCAAAAACAAUCCUAGUAUUGAUAUGUUGAUUUUAUUAGUGCCUUUUAAAACUGCUGCCUUUUUUUUUUAAAGCACUUUAUACCGCUAAAUAUUUGUAAAAUUAAUAUUUGACUUCUUUUCGCAAAGCACCUGGUGGAUGAGUGUUUUGUGGGUACGUAUGUAGUAAAGUUUAGGGAUUUAAGCUAACCUGUGCUGUGAUUUUUAGGAGCAAUGUCCCAAGUGCAGACAAGCCCUAGUGUAUGGCAACAAACCGGAUGCAAGUAAACGCAUAUUUCCCCUUUUCUGCAGCUUUUACUGUGUUUUGAAUUGUAGCUGUUAGUUAUCUCUUCUGUGUUUAUGAUCACCUUUGAAUGAACAUAGGAUGUGAGCAUGCUGCAGGCUUUUUUAGAUGUGCUAUGGCUAGUUUCCAUUAAACAAACUGAACCGGCUUAACUGUUGAGUCCUUGAUGUGCAGGCAGGUACAGUAGGUAAAGGUAAAUGUCAUGACCAUGACAGCAGGCUUGGCACUACAAACAAAACUGCAAGACAGUUUAAAAAAUUUUAACACGCGGUAAAGCAACACUAAAAAUGUAAAAGGUGCUAAGUUAGAUACUUUUACACAAUCUCAUCAUAACCCGACAACAAGGGUGACUAAAUUAAGCACAUGUUGAUGUCAUCGUAGUGCACAAAUGUAAAAUUGACUCAACGGCACACUGUAAGAUCAGCAAAAAUGAAUAAAUGUGGCAGAAAGCACUUAGGUAUUUCCUUUGAUUGCCCCAGCAGGUCCUUUUUUAAGAUUCUGGUUCUGCUCAGUCAUUUCUUCAUUUCUGUCUUCAAUUUCCAAACAAAUAUUGUAAAGACACCUACUGAAAUAGGCCUUUUAAGGGUAAUGAUCUAGAGAUAAUGAAGAUGUAUGCUUCCUUCAACCAUAAAGCUGGAGUGAAAUGUUCAUGUGUAUAUUUUAUAAAUGAAAAAAUUUAAUAACAUAACUCACCUUUUAAGAAAGUCAUUUGUAAAAUUGUAAAAUAAACUUUAUUUAACUGACAGACCACACAGAUAUUAGCUAACCUUUCCAACUGAAGAUCAGUUAUCUGGAUGUGGCUUAUUGGAUGAUUCGUACACAGACAAAAUGCCUCACAUGCAUGUACAGUAUUGGCUGUCAUUUCCUUUAAAUCAGUCAGUCAACUGGCUGUCUUUGAGCAUUAUCACUCAUCUCCGUCUACUUCCUAUCACAUUUGAAGACACAAAAAUGCUGGGGUCUUUUCUUUAAGAGGUGGGAUUUUUCAUUUUUCUGCACAUGUAUAUAUCCUACCUAGAACGUAUGCAUUAUAUCAAGUUACAUAUGGUUUGCUCCCAAUUCUCAAGAUUUUUUGUUCCAGCUACUGUAACACAACAGGAUAUUUACAUUGUUAUUUCUUUUCUGAUUUGUUAAUAUUUGGUAAUGAAAAGGGGAAUGUAUUUAUCAUUAUUGGAUCUUACCUUAAGUCAAAAGCCAAGGCCAUGAGUUUGAAUGUUAGGCCAAUCAAACCUCACCUACAUGCCAACCUUAAGUUUGUAUGCAGACAUUUUGUUCACUUUUAUGUCAAUGUUGUGUGUGAGGGAGUCUGGAUAUUGUUGUUGAUCUUUGUCAGUCAUGAGACCUCUCCACCAACCUGGAUCCUUUUUUUUUUUUUUUUUUUUUUUUUAACUUUGAUGUCAAAUUUUGUCCUACUGACUGAAAGCAUAUGGGAUACUGAAUGAGAACCGGCAACAGAGAACAUGGCGAUCUUUUCUAUGGUCAAACACUGUGCCAUACCUGAGUUGCCAAGCCCAGAUACCACUGCAUUAUAUCAUCUCCAUGGUUUUACCUAUCACUGGGCUGAUAGUAUGAAAUGUAUGAAACAUAAAAAAGUGUGUUCUGGUCCAGUGGCCAAAAUAAACAAAGGGUUGAAAAGAUGGCGUGGUGACAAAUUAUGAAAAGAGAUUGCAUUUCUUUGAAGAUGUCAGUAUUCUUCUUUUGGCACAUUACCACUACAACUCAUAACCUGUAUUAAAAUGUAUAGAUGGUGGAACAUGUUAUUGAAUGUCUGAGAGAUUAUGAAGAUACUACAUAUGAGAUGGUAAAGUACUAAAAGUGGAUUUAAAUUGUGUAAAAAGAUUCAUAAAACAGAAUAAAAAUAGGAUCAAAUGUACUAUUUUGUUUGUAUUAUAUUUACCAUUGUGUUGGCAGAGGGAUAUGAACAGAAAUCAGCUGUAAUAAAGUAAUUUUAGUAUA